AUGGCUGACCCGGCUACCUCCGUGCUGGUGCUGGGCGCUGGCGGACUUGGAUGCGAAAUCCUAAAGAAUUUGGCGUUCCAGGGCGUUCCAACAAUCCAUGUCGUCGACAUGGACAUUAUCGAGCUGUCAAACCUGAACCGCCAGUUCUUGUUCGAAGAAAAAGACAUUGGACAGCCCAAGGCAGUGAUAGCAGCCCGGUAUAUUAACGAGAAACAUCUUAUUGGUCUUGGAGACCGUCCCGUGUGCGUGACAGCACAUUUCCAAGAUUUGACACUUCUCAGUGAUUCGUUUCUGUCGCAAUUCACCUUGAUCGUUUCAGGGCUGGAUUCCAUACAGGCACGCAGAGCGAUCAAUUCCCGGCUUGUGCGCCUCACGUUCGAUUCCGGCUACGAAAAAUGCAUUCCGUUAAUCGACGGAGGCAGUGACGGGCUGCAGGGCCAUUGCAAAGUGAUCAUUCCCGGGUUUGCAGCAUGUUAUGAAUGCUCACUGGCCACUUUGCCUCCAGAAAAUGAGUCCUAUCCAUUGUGCACAGUGGCCAACAACCCAAGACUGCCCGAGCACGUGAUCGAGUACUUACUCACUGUACAAUGGGCUCAAGAGCAUCCAGAUCGGAGUUUCGACUACUCCGUUGAUGAACAUUUCCAGUGGCUUUUGAAUCGGUCGUUGGAGCGAGCUGCCCUAUUCAAAAUCGACACUUCCAAAUUUACGGCCUCGUUCGUGCUGGGUGUGGUAAAAAACAUCGUUCCCAGCGUGGCCAGCACGAACGCGAUCAUCGCCGCUCAGUGCUGCAACGAGGUGUCCAAACUCAUGUACAACGACUACGACAUAGAGACCUCGAACAAUUUCAUGGUGUACAACGGACAAGACGGAUGUUUCACGUACGCUUUCGUUCACGAACGCCGUCCCGAUUGUCUGGUGUGCGGGGAAUUGACCUGA